AGUAUCGAUACACUGCCUGCCGGAGCAAACAGCGAAUGAUUUUUAUACUUUUUAAUAAAUAUAACAACCUAAACAAAUUAUAUUGAACUUUAAAUAUGUCUGACGGCGAUUUAGAUGCAUUGCGCGCACAGCGCAUGGCUCAAUUAAGUGGCGGCGCCGGCAACAAUGCUGAAAAACAACAGGCUCAGCAGGAGCAAAUGCGCGCCCAGGAAGAAAUGAAGCACUCAAUACUCUCCCAAGUGCUCGACCAGCAGGCGCGCGCACGACUCAACACACUGAAAGUGAGCAAACCAGACAAAGCACAAAUGUUCGAGAACAUGGUCAUACGCAUGGCCCAAAUGGGCCAAGUGCGAGGUAAACUGGAUGAUGCACAAUUCGUGAGCAUCCUAGAGAGCGUCAAUGCCCAAAUGCCACAGAGCAAAUCCACUGUGAAGUACGAUAGACGCCGUGCAGCCAUAGACAGCGACGACGACGAAGACUAUGGUUGCUGAUUUUUGCUUAAAUGGAGUUGAAUUGCUUAAGUUUUCCUUUUCCAGGCAACAAAAUUCGAAUUCAAAAACAGAUGUGCUUUAGAGAAUCCGCUAAUUUUAACAACUAUGUUUAUUAAAUGAAGAAAAAAGAGAGAGUACAGUGGA